AUGAAGAAGCGACAAGUUGUGUUGAAAAGAGAAGAGGCUAAAACUUCAUCUUCAAUUACAAGAAAUAUUCGAUAUGGAGAGUGCCAGAAGAAUCAUGCAGCAAUUAUUGGAGGGUAUGCCGUGGAUGGUUGCAGGGAGUUCAUGGCUAGCACAGGAGAAGAAGGAACAGGUGGGGCUCUUACAUGUGCUGCUUGUGGUUGUCAUAGGAACUUUCAUAGAAGGGAAGUGCAAACUGAAGUUGUUUAUCCAUCUAAUCUUGUACAGAUCCGUGUAAGAUUGGAUGAAUUCAUGCGAAGAUCAUUUACAAGAAAGGUUAAAAUAUACAGAUAG